AUGGAUGAGACACUGAUUUCCACUAUCAACAAGCUCCAGGACGCACUGGCGCCUCUGGGUGGCGGUUCCAGUUCACCCGUCGAUCUGCCACAAAUAACUGUUGUUGGAUCGCAGUCUUCAGGUAAAUCUUCUGUUUUGGAGAACAUCGUUGGAAGAGACUUCUUGCCAAGAGGUACUGGUAUUGUGACCCGUAGGCCUUUGGUGUUGCAAUUGGUCAACAGGAGGGCCAGUACUCCUGGUUCCAAGAACGAUUUGAUUGAUCUGAAAGUGACUGACUCCGAAGGGCAUAAGUCUGAGAAUAAUCAGGAUGAAUGGGGUGAAUUUCUUCAUCUUCCUGGCAAGAAGUUCUACAACUUCGAGGAUAUCAGAACUGAGAUUGUUAGAGAAACUGAGGCGAAAACCGGAAAGAAUGCAGGAAUCUCUUCUAUUCCAAUCAACCUGAGAAUCUAUUCUCCUCAUGUGUUGACCCUGACCUUGGUUGAUUUGCCAGGUUUAACUAAAGUGCCUGUUGGUGACCAGCCAAAGGACAUUGAGAAACAGAUCAGGGACAUGUUGAUGAAGUUUAUCUCGAAGCCAAAUGCAAUCAUCCUUUCUGUCAAUGCCGCGAAUACUGAUUUGGCCAAUUCCGAUGGUUUGAAGCUGGCUAGAGAGGUUGAUCCGGAGGGAACUAGAACCAUUGGUGUCUUGACCAAAGUCGAUCUGAUGGACCACGGUACGGAUGUCAUCGACAUUUUGGCCGGUCGUGUCAUUCCACUCAGAUAUGGCUACGUUCCUGUCAUCAACAGAGGUCAAAAGGAUAUAGAGACCCACAAGACUAUCAGAGAUGCUCUCCACGACGAAAGCGCCUAUUUUGAGAAUCACGCCUCCUACAGAUCUAAGGCUGCAUACUGUGGUACUCCCUACCUUGCAAAGAAAUUGAACUCGAUUUUACUACAUCAUAUUAGAGCAACUCUUCCAGACAUAAAGAUGAGGGUUGAGACCGCUUUGAAGAAAUACCAGACCGAGCUCAAUGCUUUGGGGCCAGAGGUUGCCCAAUCGCCCAGUUCAAUUGUCCUGAGCGUCAUAACCGACUUCUGCAAUGAUUAUACUGGAGUUUUGAAUGGUCAAAUAAAGGAUAUCUCAAGCCUUGAGUUGAGCGGUGGUGCCAGAAUCAGUUUUGUGUUCCACGAGAUUUUCAAAAACGGAGUCUACGCCCUUGAUCCAUUUGACCAGAUCAAGGAUGCCGAUAUCAGAACCAUAAUGUACAACUCCAGUGGGUCUUCGCCUUCUCUGUUUGUUGGUACUCAAGCCUUUGAGGUAUUGGUGAAACAGCAGAUCCACAGAUUUGAAGAGCCCUCCUUGAGAUGUAUCACCUUGGUGUUUGACGAGUUGGUGAGAAUCCUGUCACAAAUCUUGCAACAACCCGAGUACGCCAGAUACCCGGGACUAAAGGAACAAAUUUCUCAGAUUUUCAUUCAGUUCUUGAGAGAGGCGUUAAUUCCAACAAACACAUUUGUCACUGACAUAAUCCAGGCUGAGGAGACUUACAUCAACACUGCCCACCCUGAUCUGUUGAAGGGAUCCCAGGCAUUGGCCAUUGUUCAGGAGAAACUUCACCCAACACCAAAACAACAGGUGGAUCCAAAGACGGGAAAGCCAAUUCCAAUCCCAGCUGCCAACCAGAAUGGCACAGCUUCAUCUGCCUCGUCAACAGUUGGCGGUGAUGAUGACAAGGGAAGCACAUUUUUUGGUGGAUUCUUCACGAGUAAGAACAAAAAGAGAUUGGCAGCUAUGGAGGCACCACCAAGUGUAUUGCGUGCCAGUGGAAACAUGUCUGACCGUGAGACCCAGGAGACAGAAGUGAUCAAGCUGCUGAUUCAAUCCUACUUUGGAAUCGUCAAGAGAACGGUUGCUGAUUUGGUUCCCAAGUCCAUAAUGUUCAAGUUGAUUGAAUAUUCGAAGACAGAGAUUCAAAAGGUCUUGUUGCAGAGACUAUAUGGUAACAGUGAAUUGGACUCGUUGGUCAAGGAGAACGAGCUAACGACUGCUAGAAGAAAAGAAUGCUUGAAGAUGGUGGAUGUGCUGAGACAUGCCGCUGAAAUUGUCUCUACCGUUUAA